AUGGAACUGGGCAGCAACAGCUCCUCGGGGGCCUUCAUUCUGAUGGGCAUAUCUGACCACCCCCAGCUGGAGAUGAUCUUUUUCGUGGUCAUCCUUUCCUCUUACUUGCUGACUGUCAUUGGGAACUCAACCAUCAUUCUGCUUUCCCGUCUUGAUGCUCGACUCCACACACCCAUGUAUUUCUUCCUCAGCAACCUCUCUUCCCUUGACCUUGCUUUUACUACCAGCUCAGUCCCUCAAAUGUUGAAAAAUUUGUCGGGGCCAGACAAGACCAUCAGCUAUGGCGGCUGUGUGACCCAGCUGUAUGUUUUCCUUUGGCUAGGGGCUACUGAGUGCAUUUUGCUCAUGGUGAUGGCAUUUGAUCGUUAUGUAGCAGUUUGCCGGCCCCUGCACUACAUCACCAUCAUGAAUCCUCGGCUCUGCUGGCUGCUGGCUGCCAUCAGCUGGUUAGGUGGCUUGGGCAACUCUGUGAUUCAGUCAACAUUCACUCUGCAACUCCCAUUUUGUGGGCACCAAAAGGUGGACAACUUCCUGUGUGAGGUGCCUGCCAUGAUCAAACUAGCCUGUGGAGACACAAGUCUCAACGAAGCCGUGCUCAAUGGCGUCUGCACCUUCUUCACUGCUGUCCCGCUAAGCAUCAUCCUGAUCUCCUACUGUUUUAUCUCUUGGGCAGUGCUGAAGAUUCAUUCUGUAGAAGGACAGCGGAAGGCCUUCAAUACAUGCCUCUCCCAUCUGGUAGUGGUGUUCCUCUUCUAUGGCUCAGCCAUCUAUGGGUAUCUGCUUCCAGCUAAGAGCAGCAACCAAGACCAGGGCAAAUUCAUUUCUCUCUUCUACUCUGUGGUCACACCCAUGGUGAAUCCUCUCAUCUAUACUCUAAGGAACAAAGAAGUGAAGGGGGCACUGAGAAGGUUGCUGGGGAAAGGAAGAAAAGUCAGCUAA